UUACAAUAGAUUUGAUAAACAAAUAAAUGCUUUGAAAUUGGAUUCACUGUUAAAACACAUUUUGAUUGAAAUUGUUUUCAUAUUUCAUAUAAAUUGUGAUCAAAUGAAUGAAAGGAGUGAUCAAAAUGAGAGCAAAAGAGAGGAAAUCCUCGAAAGACAUCGUUUGGAGAGAAAACAAUUGAAUGCAAAGACCACUGAAAUGAGACACAAAUGCGACAAAAAAGACAAGAAGAAGGCCAAAGACCUGAAGACACAAAUCGAGACAAUGACUGAAGAACUGAAGACACGACACGAAAAUGAAUUGAAAGACCUGUCGGUUGGCAACCAUUCGGGCGAAGAAGCGAUCAAUAGGUUAACGGAUGAGUUGAAUGACGUGAAAGUGGAGACAAACACGAGUGGUGUGUCUGAAGACACGGAAGUGAUUGCAAACGGAAUGAAAUACAAAGAGACGAAGAUAUCGAGAGCUCAGAGGAGAAGAGACGCCAAAUCGCUGAAAGACAAGCAAAGAGAGCAACGGAUCGCCGAUGAUAUGGUCGACGACGCGGACAAUCAUCGACUUAUUGAAGCCCAACAGUUGAAGAAUAUUCUGGACUCAAGAGGACUAACAGUGUAUGAAAUUGCUUCGGAUGGCGACUGUAUGUACCGAUCGAUUGAACAUCAGUUGAGUCUUAAGAACAUUAAGACAAAUGUGACAGAAUUGAGACAAAAGACUUGCCAUUAUAUGAAGGAAAAUAAGAUAGAUUUCAUACCAUUCCUCACGAGUAAUACUACGGGAGAUCUCAUGAAUGACAGCGAAUAUGAACUCUAUUGCGAAGAAGUGGCGGACACGAAGUCAUGGGGCGGUCAGUUGGAGUUGAGGGCCAUUUCACAUGUUUUCAAAAUGCCUAUCGAAGUGAUCCAAACUGUAGGCAAUCCGGUGCUGAUCGGACAGACAGACUAUAAGACUGACACUCCACUCAUUUUAUGGUAA